AUGGCUUCAUCGAUGUGUCCCGGCGUUACAACGAUGCGUAUCGAUAUCGACGACGUGGCUUGUAUUCUGCCAGCAAUAAUGAUCCAUCUGAAGCGGCGCCUCUCCUCAGUACGCGCCUUUCCGCAGCCUCAUCGCUGUGUGAUGACCCCGUCUCCUUCCACUCGGUGGAGCGUGUCGCAUCGUGAGGACGGAGAGAAGGCAGCUCGGCUCUGGCGAGACAUACGAGUACGCAGCGCGUGCAGGCGCGACGAGGGGACUACUGGGUUCUGUGAGUGCGGACGGCGGGGCAAGGGCCUCGGUGGCAGGACGUGGCAGGACGUGGCAGGACGUGGCAGGACGUGGGGAGCACGUGACGGCUUCGUGGCGACGAGCAACGCGCGUGACCAUGGCCUAGUUAAGCACACGCAUGACAGCGCGCUUUGCAGCGUGGUAGCACUGCGCGAUAACGUUUGCGAGUCGAUGCGCGGAGCGAGCGUCAGUCACGACUUCAGAGAGGGCAGCGCAGGCUUCGAGCGCGAAGGUGGUCAGUUAGUGUGCGCUCUAUUCGGCGCCGGGAGUGAAUUGGUCGAGGAGGACGGGGCCGUUGGUAAGGCCGGCGCCAAUGAUUGUGGAUAUGUGGGGGAGCUUUGGAUGGGUUCUUGGAGACUCGCGAUGGUUCUGAAUGAGCUAGGCUUCGUGCGUGUUACUGGCUUUGGUGUGAGUUAA